AUGGUUAACAGUCUGUGGUUCAAAUGGAAGAAGCUUCGCCUGCCCUGGCGGAAGUCCUUCUUGGUCGGUGAGGAUCUCGCCGGAAAUACUUACUGGGAGUUCAAAGAUGUGAUGAAUGCAGCUCGAUUCCGUCGCAUUGUUCGAUACGAUCCGAAGACCCAUUUUAGUGAUGUUCAAGUGACACCGCAAUGGCACCAAUGGCUGCGACAUGUCCGACAGCACCCCCCGAGCAUUCAGGAGCAGCAGCAGGAUCUUAUCCGGCAGGCGCAAAUCAAACAACUCGCCCAACUCGCCGAUGAACGCUGGGCCAGCAAGGCCUCCUAUCUCGAUAAGCCCAAGACUCAACAACAACCACCAGCAACCCAAAUCAAUAAGGCGACUUUGAACCAGCCCUCUAACGCUGCUCCCGCACAAAAAGCACCCGCUUCAGCCACAACCCCCGAAACAGCACCGAAGACACAAAAGGAGAACCCAUGGACCAAGGCGAAAAAUGCCAACCCAGGCGAGGAGUGGCAACCUGAAGCGUGGUCUCCUAAUUCCAAGCGGUGA